AGCUCCGAAAGUUUCCUUUAUGUCGGGUGUGGAUAUUACAUAAUUAGCCUUAUAUAAUCCGGGGUAAAUGCCCUAGGUCGUAGAUAGAUGACUAACCCUGGCCAAAAGCAAAUAACCUGACAUAAGCAAAGCAUCAUUGACAUUUCCUUCCCAUCAUUUCAUACCAACACAACGCGAUGAAACAUGAGGUAUUCGCACCAAAUUUAUUUCGACCCGAUAUUAUGAAGAGUAAUAGUGGGGGAGUGUAAAAGAAGAUAGUAAUUCGCCGCAUCCUGGACUCACGAUGUCCAGCCCAGCUAAGAAGCGAAAGCUAAACAACAAUGGCUCUAAAUCAUCUGCAUUGCCUUCUAGAGGUUUAGAAUACUUCUUUUCUAAGCAGAAACAGAAUAAUGAUUCGGAUAAGGAAGCACGCCAAGGCAAAAUGGCUAGUCAUUCACCGUCGCUACCAGAUCGUGUUCAUGAGAUGACAGAUGAAGAACUGGCGCGAAAGCUCCAGGCUGAGUGGGAUAGAGAAGCGGAAAUCGCGGGACAUGGAUCCGGAACUCCGGCAGCUCCCACAACUUCGGACUUUCGUAAUACUCCGAGUUCUACUGAAGCUGUAGCUACACCUGUGGAAGCCACAAACACUGUAUUCGAAGCGACGAAAACCAAUGAUAAGGGCAAGGGCACUUUAUCCUUGCAAUCUGUCGCUGCCGCCGUAGAUACUGUCUCGGAAACGAUACCCUUCGACGAGAGCCCCCUGACAUUCGAUCCUUCCAAAUAUGUUCCUCAACUUCAGGAGCAUUGGGAAAGCGAGGGAGGGAAUGCAUCAUAUGCACUCUUAACGCGCUGCUUCGUGCUUGUCAAUAGUACAUCUAGUCGGAUCAAGAUAGUGGAUACCCUAGUCAAUUGCCUCCGUGUUCUCAUAGAAGGGGAUCCGAAGAGUUUGCUCCCAGCGGUGUGGCUCGCUACCAACUCAAUUUCACCACCAUACAUCUCGCUAGAGCUCGGACUCGGCGGGUCAGCUAUUUCCAAAGCGCUUAAAAAUGUCUGUGGUUUGGAUGGUCGAUCACUAAAAGCUAUCUAUGAUAAAUAUGGUGAUGCGGGUGAUGUAGCCUUCGAGGCAAAGAAAAAGCAAAGUUUCACGUUGCGCAAACCUAAGCCAUUGACUAUUAAGGGCGUUUACCAAUCUCUUAUUAAAGUGGCCAACAGUCAGGGACAAGGUAGCAAUGAGGUGAAGCAACGGAUUGUGGACCGACUACUCCAAGAUGCGCGGGGUGGCGAGGAAAGCCGCUAUGUUGUUCGUACGCUGUGCCAACACCUACGCAUUGGCGCGGUAAAGACUACGAUGCUGAUCGCGCUAUCGCGAGCAUUUCUACUUUCGCGACCGCCUGGAGCGGGCUUUCCAUUGAGAUCUGUGGAUGAGCUCUUGAAAUUGAAAAAGGAAGAGCUUGCGGAAGUAUGGAGUAGAGCCGAGGAAAUCGUCAAGGCAUGUUUUGCGAGACGUCCUAAUUACAACGAUCUCAUCCCCGCUAUGCUUGAAAUAGGGGUAUGCGACGAAUUGUUGGUCAGAUGCGAUUUGACGCUGCAUAUUCCGCUGAGGCCCAUGCUUGGAAGUAUUACAAGGGAUCUAUCCGAGAUGCUCACGAAACUUCAAGGAAGAGAUUUCGCGUGCGAAUUCAAGUACGACGGACAGCGCGCGCAAGUUCAUUGCGACGAGAAGGGAAAAGUAUCGAUAUUUUCACGGCACCUUGAAGUAAUGACCGACAAGUAUCCGGACCUUGUGGAAUUAGUCCCCAAAAUUCGCGGCGAGGGUGUCGGUAGCUUCAUUAUGGAAGGCGAAGUCGUUGCCGUGGAUCACGAAACAGGGGAAUUAAAGAAUUUCCAGACUCUUACGAAUCGUGCACGCAAGGAUGUCGCGAUAGGAAGUAUCACGAUUGAUGUCUGCUUAUUUGCGUUUGAUCUUAUGUAUCUCAAUGGCCAACCGCUACUCGACCGACCGUUUCGCGAGCGAAGGUCAUUAUUACGGUCGCUUUUUACAGAGAUACCACAUCAUUUCACGCGGGUCAAGAAUAUUGACGCUACAUCGCAAGAUUCUGAAGUCGUGCUCGAUUUUUUCAAACAGGCGACCGAUAGCAAAUGCGAAGGCAUCAUGGUUAAGAUUCUCGAUAAUCUCAUAGAUCUACUAGCACCAAACGAAGCUGCAGAGGAUCUAAACCAGACAGCGCAAGGGCCGGAAGAAAGUGAAACCCUUACCCUGCCGACAAAAUCCAAGGGCAAGAAAAGAAAAGGGAAAGUCAAGAACACCACAGCUAACGGAAGCAAUGAAGAAAAGAAACCAUCAUCAAGGCGGAAACCGUUGCUUGCUACCUACGAACCUGACAAACGGCUGGACUCGUGGCUUAAAGUCAAGAAGGAUUAUAGUAGUUCCUUUGACACACUAGACCUAGUACCCGUCGCCGGCUGGCACGGGCAGGGUCGCAAAGCUAAAUGGUGGUCGCCUAUUCUCAUGGCCGUGCGCAAUGAUGCGACGGGUUCUCUGGAGGUCGUUUGUAAAUGCAUUUCCGGGUUCACCGAUGUAUUUUACAAGGCCAAUAAGAAAUUCUACGACGACGGUUCUGGCGAAGAACCACCCGAGGAGGGUGUCUCAGAUGGAGCUGAGGAAAAAGACGAAGAUGACGAUGGGGCGGAUGAUGAUUCUAGUAAGAGAUACAAGAACGUUCGCAGGACGAAACCGAGUUUUAUUGAAUACUCCGGUCCGGAACCAGAUGUUUGGUUCGAGCCGCAGGAAGUCUGGGAAAUGGCGUUUGCCGACAUUACCCUAUCCCCAACAUACACAGCAGCCAUUGGUUUAGUCAGCCAAGAUCGAGGAUUGAGUCUACGAUUCCCGAGAUUCCUGAAGAAGCGCGAGGAUAAAGGCAUCGAAGAAGCUAGUACAUGUGAAUUUCUAGCCGGACUGUACAGGAAACAGGAAGCUAAAGCACCUGCUGCGCCAGCAAAAGAGGAAGCUGAAGAAGGCGAUGAUGAAGAGUUAUGAAUGACCAUUUCCAUUCAGUUCUUUAUUAAGAGCAACUCAUUACAUGCGGCUUUGAUCUCAAUUGGUCAGCCGCGAGCUACGCAUUACUAUUACUACAGCGUAAAUUACUCCUUCCACGCUUUGUACACGAUACGGGCUCCGUAUUUCUCGCCCUUCUUAAGGAUGACCUGGCUCCUCCAGUCGUCAACGUUGAUAGCGUUAACGUAUCGACUAGGCUCCACACAGAAGCCACUACGGGAUCCGCGUGCGGGCGCACCACCUACGGCUGGUACGUCGAUCCACUUGCCGGUAUAGAAUUGGAAGGCUGGUUCUGUGCUUAGAAC